AUGGCUGAUUUCACUCCGAAAUACUCAAUCAUCCUCCCAACUUACAAUGAGAAAGAGAACUUGCCAAUUUGCAUUUGGCUUAUUGAGAAAUAUCUGAAAGAGGUCUCAUACGAGGUGAUCAUCGUCGACGACGCCUCUCCAGAUGGUACCCAAGACGUCGCCAGACUUCUCCAAAAGGAAUACGGAGAGAAUAAGAUACUUUUGAAACCACGUGCCGGAAAGUUGGGUCUCGGCACCGCCUAUUCCCACGGUCUAUCGUUCGCACGUGGUGAUUUCAUUAUUCUAAUGGACGCCGACUUGUCACAUCAUCCAAAAUUCAUUCCGGAAAUGAUCGCGUUACAGCAGAAAUAUAAACUCGACAUUGUGACUGGAACUCGCUACAAAGCCGGCGGAGGUGUUAGUGGAUGGGAUUUGAAGCGUAAAACGAUCAGUAAAGGCGCCAAUUUCUUGGCUCAAUUCCUUUUGAAUCCAGGAGUCUCUGAUUUGACUGGAUCGUUCCGCCUUUAUAAAAGAGAUGUUCUGGCGAAGUUGAUCGCCGAAAGUGUUAGCAAGGGAUACGUUUUUCAGAUGGAAAUGAUGUUCCGCGCGAAAAAGUCGGGCUACCGCAUCGGUGAAGUGCCCAUCACGUUCGUCGAUCGAUUCUUUGGAGUGUCGAAACUCGGAAGUCAGGAAAUUGUCGAUUACGCCAAGGGGCUCUUGUAUCUGUUCGCUUUCGUUUGGUGA